AUGACCGACGUGCAAGAUGGCUCGCCAUUGAGCCCGACCACACUCAAGAAUUCUAUCCCAGCCAGCAACACUCUCGGCCCUGUCGAAGGUAACGUCCAGCGAGCACAUUAUUCGCCGCCAUGGGCAGACACCUCCAUCAUUGGGAUUGCUGGCUCGUCUGGCUCGGGGAAGACUUCACUCUCACAUGCUAUCAUCAAGGAGCUUAGUCUGCCAUGGGUUGUCAUACUAUCUAUGGAUAGCUUCUAUAAACCUUUGACAACCAAGGAGUCUGCUGCAGCUUUCCGGAACGAGUAUGAUUUCGAUGCUCCAGAGGCUAUAGACUUUGACGUCCUAGUCGAAAGACUUCGGGAUAUCAAGUCUGGGCAGAAGGCUAACAUACCAGUCUACUCUUUCGAGAAGCAUGCCCGGCUAGAACGCUCAACGACAAUCUACUCUCCGCAUGUACUCAUUCUGGAAGGCAUCUUCGCGUUGCAUGACCAACGAGUCCUGGAUAUGCUGGACAUGAAGAUCUUCGCCGAGGCAGAUGCCGACUUAUGCCUAUCUCGCAGACUGCUCCGUGAUGUCCGUGAGCGAGGACGAGACAUCGAAGGCUGCGUAAAGCAGUGGUUCAGCUUCGUCAAGCCCAACUUCCACAAAUACGUGGAGCCGCAGCGGAACGUCGCAGAUAUCAUCGUGCCGAGAGGUACAGAGAACAAGGUUGCUAUCAGCAUGGUCUCUGAUCGCAUACACAAGACGCUCAAGGAGAAGUCGAAGAUGCAUCAACUCGACUUGAAGCGUCUGGGGCAGACCUCAAAGGACGACCCGCUUUCGCCCAAUGUCACAAUCAUAGAGCACACCAACCAAGUACGAGGCAUCAACACACUACUCAUGUGUCCAGAAACAGAUCGCGAGGACUUCAUCUUCUACUUCGAUCGACUGGUGGUGACGCUUGUCGAGCGAGCCUGCAAUGCGGGUCUUUGCUUCAAGUCAUGCACAGUCUCGACGCCUGUUCCCGAGGAGAAGUAUAACGGCCUCUGCCUGGAUGGCGAAGUCUCUGCCGUCGUGAUCUUGCGAGGCGGCUCCUGCCUGGAGACAGGGCUCAAGCGAGUCAUACCAGAUUGCCGCACUGGUCGAAUGCUCAUCCAGACCAAUUUUCGGUCUGGAGAGCCGGAGCUACAUUUCUUCAAAUUGGCGUCUGACUUGAAUGAGCAUAGAAGCGUGUUUCUCAUGGAUCCGCAGAUGAGCUCUGGUGGUGCUGCAUUGAUGGCAGUGAGAGUGCUUUUGGAUCAUGGUGUGAAGGAGGAGAGGAUAGUGUUUGUGACAUAUAUGGCGGGACGGAUAGGUUUGAAUAGGUUGAUGAGUGUGUUCCCGGAGAUCAAGGUCGUGGUCUGCCGAGUUAUAGGAGAUCAUGAGUUGCGGUGGGUGGAGAAGAGGUAUCUUGGCUGCUGA